UCCGCGCUAAGGCGCAUGCGUCCCUUGAAAUUGCCUCCACCAGGUCUACCUUCCAGUUUCCAGUUCCGGCCUCCGAGGGGCGGGCAGAAAGUGGGGACAUGCGGCUGUCGGUCGCUGCAGCCAUCUCCCAUGGCCGAGUAUAUCGCCGUCUGGGCCUUGGUCCCGAGUCUCGCAUCCAUCUGUUGCGGAACUUGCUCACAGGGCUGGUGCGGCACGAACGCAUCGAGGCACCAUGGGCGCGUUUGGACGAGAUGAGGGGCUACGCGGAGAAGCUCAUCGACUAUGGGAAGCUGGGAGACACCAACGAACGAGCCAUGCGCAUGGCUGACUUCUGGCUCACAGAGAAGGACUUGAUCCCAAAGCUGUUUCAAGUACUGGCCCCUCGGUACAAAGAUCAAAAUGGGGGCUACACAAGAAUGCUGCAGAUCCCAAAUCGGAGUUCGGAUCGGGCCAAGAUGGCAGUGAUCGAGUAUAAAGGGAAUUGCCUCCCACCCCUGCCUGUGCCUCGCAGAGACAGCCACCUUACACUCCUAAACCAGCUGCUGCAGGGUUUGCGGCAGGACCUCAGCCAGAGCCUGGAAGCAAGCAACCACAGCUCCCACACAGCUCAAACACCAGGGAUUUAACUGGAUCUGAAGAGUCGGCAGCCCUUAAUCAGUGCCCAUGAUCACAGGCCUUUGGAGUGCUUUUACUCUCUGAGAAGAACUGGAACUAGAGCUGUAAAAUGGACAGUCUUGAUGGGGUUGAGAACCUUUUGGGGAGCCAGACGGCCCUCUCUUUGCACUAUAGAUAAAAGUCUUUAUAUGAAUAUAUAUAAAUUCGUUUCUUUUUUCCUUCCUGUGGGGUAUCUGGAGAAGGAGAAUUAUCCAAAUGCUCAGCCUACCUGGGAUAGUAAAUCCAUGACUUAUGCUUCUGGUCCUUAAA